CCCGGUGAUGUCUCUGUUGGUGCUCCUUCAACAAUUAAAGAACAUGAAGAAUUGCCCAUGAGUUUGCUAGUGACUUCUUUGGCUCCUGCCUCUUCUAGUAUCUCAUUAUCACCGUCAUCACCAGUAAUAUCUAAAAGCUUUUCUUCUUCAGAAUUAAGGGAGUCUAGUGAUAGGGGGAGCAAAGUUAAUUCUCGCGUGGUGGAGCAAGAGGAGAAUGCUAACUUAGAGGGAACAAAUGCUUUAAAAAUGACUCAGUCCAGAAGGCAAGUCAUUAAGCCAAUUUGUUCUUGA